GUUCGACCCAGACCGUAUAAUUGACAGUCUACAGAGUGGUUUCUGGUUAAAGUCUAUCAAAACGUUGGGUUUGAUCUACUGUGCUUUAUUCUAAGACAUUCUAAAAUGUUGGCAUUUUUCUAUACACGGAUGUGGACCUUGGCCAAAGUAACCACCGUUCUCCUCCUGUCUGGGAUACCUUUACAAAGUCAAGCCAUGCCCCAGAUACGCUACUCUCAUGCUGGCAUUUGCCCUAACGAUAUGAAUCCAAAUCUUUGGGUGGACGCACAGAGCACCUGUAAGAGGGAAUGUGAAUCUGACCAGGUGAGUGUCACUUUAUUUUUCGUUAUGGUAUCCAAAUCCAAGAGGGGGAGGGAGACACAUGUUCAAAAAUACAAAUUGAAGAAAAAGAAAUAUCCAGGCACACUCAAGGUUUCUUCAAAAAGGCAGUCUGUUCAUUUGAAACAAGGAAGUGGAGACAACGUUUUGGCUCCUCUCUGAGCCUUUAUCAAGUCUGACAUGUUCAAAAAUACAGUCACCUAAGGUGUAACCAGAUCGGGUUGGCGAGACCCAAACGCUAAGCUUCAGUAUAGAAAAAGAAAGAAGUCAAAACAUAUAAAGAGCUGUUAGUGAGCAGUCUUUAUUGACUUAAAGCCACUUUUCGUCUCUUUACUCUAGCCUCUAUCAUGUUUGUAAAGGCUCCAGAAGAGAGCCAAGACAUUUCUUUAAGUUAACAAAGACUGCUCGCUAACAGCUCUUUAUGCGCCCAGACACCCUUCUUCCUUUAUUUUCCGUUAUGUCUUGAGAGCAUCCCAGAUGCAUUCUAAAAUGUCGAUAUCAAGAGGAAAUUGUCUCUUAAAAAUUGCAAAUAGCCUGUGUUUGCGAGGUAGAUCAUAGAAUCAUAGAAAGCUAAUCAAAAUAUUUAAUUUGUUCAGUGUUAUCCAAUAGACCACUUCUAUGGACCUCAGCAGAUAAUAAUACUAUUAUAAUAUAUAUGAUGUAUUACUCUGUUUUACAAUUCCAUUAUAUUUGAAUUCUUUUUUUUUACUAUUGAAACUAUUCUGCUCGCAAACAUUCCAGAUUCAGAAUCUUCGGCAAUCUUGGUUCCAACUUUGAUCUCUUAACCGUUCUACAUAGCUUUUCAUUGAAUUUAAAAAAUGUUUUUUAAAUGUCCUUUUUUUGACAUGUUAAAAUAAUCCGAGAGAUUUUUUGGCUCAACAAGAAGGACACAUGUUUUAUAAAUGACUCACUGCCUAAUAGUUUCUAAAUUUAUAACUGGGCAUGAUGUGAAAUCUUAAAAAUAUUCCAUUGCUCAGGGGUUGCUGGGAAGAUCUAAUAAGGCUGAUCUUUUAUGAAUACAGGUGCCACUAUGACAUCCCCCUGUUAUUUUAAUUAGACGUCUCUCCUAUAAUACCCCUCAUGCAAUUCUCUGUUUUUCAAUUACACAGGUCAUAUAUUACAUAUGAAAUAUAUUUUUUUUGGGCCGCAAGGUACAUUGCAUGUUUUGUGUGUGACUUUUAAACAUCACAGUUCCAUAAUUCAGUUUUAUAUCAAAGACAAAUUGCAAGUGAAAUUAUGUUAAACAAAUUGAAAAAAAUUCUUUGGUAGUCAAUAGUUGGUCUUGUGUUUCGAUAUGGGUGUGUGUGUGUGCAUCCGCGCUGUUUUGGGCUAAAAUGAAGUGUUUUAUCAUCUAUCCACAAUUCACAUUUUAGUCAAAUUGAUCGUAACCAAGCAACAUCGCAAUUUAUUUUUGUAGAAUUUAAAUUGGUAUGGGUCUUCUUUUAUGCACCCGGUGAGCAGUGGAGUGAGUGUUUUUGUAUUGUAAGAGGUAAACUAAAAUGGAGUUUGGUACAGUAAGCCUGAUGAUAGUUUGAUUUGUAAUUUAAAAAAUUUGUCUAAAUAAUACAUAGUUUAUUUUUUAUUUUUUGUUAGGAAUGUGAAAGCUAUGAAAAGUGUUGCCCCAAUGUUUGUGGAACGAGGAGCUGUGUGGCUGCAAGAUACAUGGAUAUUAAAGGAAAAAAAGGUCCUGUUGGCAUGCCAAAGGAGGCUACGUGUGACUACUACAUGUGUACCCAGCAGGGUUCUGAAUGUGAGAUUUGGGACGGGAAUCCCAUCUGUAAAUGCAAAGACCGAUGUGAGAAGGAGCCCAGUUUUACGUGUGCUUCAGAUGGGCUUACCUAUUACAACAAAUGUUUUAUGGAUGCUGAGGCUUGCACUAAAGGUAUUUCAUUAGCUGUUGUCACAUGUAAAUAUCAUCUCAGCUGGCCCAACACCAGUCCCAUUCCUUCUGAGACCACCCCAAACCCAACAAUUUCAUAUUUGGAGGCUGUAAUCACAAAUAUCAUUCCUCCAACAAUCGUAAGCAACCCCACUCAUAAAACUGUUCAUGUGGGCGACACGGUGAGCUUUCACUGCGAUGUGACUGGCAAACCUAAACCAGACAUAGCAUGGGAAAAACAGGCUGAAGGCAAGGAAACGCUGAUUAUGAAACCAAACCAUGUCAUAGCCAACAUUGUGGUCACCAACAUCGGCCAACUUGUUAUCUACAAUACUCAACUUCAGGAUGCAGGGACAUACACCUGCACAGCCACAAAUGUGGGUGGCCUUAUCAAGAUCAACUUUCCCUUGACUGUGAAGGAACAACAUAGUAAAGAAAAGGGUUACAGCAAAACCUUCUACCCAACCGAUGAGUGUCUUAAACCACCGGACAGCAAGGAUUGCGGAGAAGAACAAUCGAGAUGGUAUUUUGAUGCAAAGAAAAAUAACUGCUUUAUAUUCAUCUACGGUAAUUGCAAUAGCAACUUAAACCACUUUGAAACUUAUGAGGCGUGCAUGUUAACAUGUAUGAACGGCCCAGUCAGCAUCUGUAGCUUACCAGCUUUGCAAGGACCAUGUAAAGCAUAUGAACCCAGGUGGGCUUAUAACAAACUCAUUAACCAGUGCCAAUCUUUCAUUUAUGGUGGAUGCGGUGGGAAUGAAAACAAUUUCGAAAGCAAAGAUGUUUGCGAGGACAUGUGCCCCUUUCCAAAGAACCAUAAGUGCAAAGUGUGCAAGACUCGUCAGAAGCUGGUGACUAGUUUCUGUAAAAGCCACUUUGUGAUCUUGGGGCGAGUAACAGAGUUGACAGAAGAUCAGGACUCGGGACAAGCUUUGGUCUCUAUUGAGGAAAUUCUGAAAGAUGAAAAAAUGGGACUUAAGUUUCUAGGAAAGCAACCACUGGAGCUCACCUUACUCAGUAUGGACUGGAGCUGUCCUUGUCCCAACAUCACGUCAAUUAACAGUCAACUCAUCAUUAUGGGUGAUGUUCACAAUGGCAUGGCUGUGUUGCAACCUCAUAGCUACAUUGGGGCAAGCAGUGCCCGACGUAUCAGAAAGCUACGUGAAGUCAUUCACAAUAAGACAUGUGAUCUUCUCAAAGAGAUUUUAGGGCAACCAUAGCAUUUUGCAUUAACAAAUCAUCAUACGCAAAAUACUAAAAUUAAAUUAAACAGUACUUGUAGAGUAUACAUUUACCUGCUAAUACAUACAUAUACCUAUGACACAGAGGAACGUUUUUUGUAUUUUUUUUAACUUUAGCACUGGUCAAGAGCCAUACAUUUUUGCCCGCUGUCCAUCCGAGAGAAGUGGAGAGAAAUGACAGAGGCAACAGACCAUUCAAGUAACCAAAAGAUCAUCAGCUCCUGGGGCAAGUUUGAAAAAGUACAACAAAGCUUCAAAUUUGUAUCUGAUUUCACAGUCUACUUCAAAGUGCGCCCAAUCAUUUCAUAGGGUAGCAUGCAACUAGACUUGUGCACAAAUGCUCUUCACCUACAAUGAACUAAUCAAAAUUCUGUUAACCUACACCUGAAUGAAUCGAUUUUUCACGUAAAUCCCGUAAAGAUCGAUUAUUUUGGGCAUAGAUUAACAGGAAUUUGAUUAAUUCAUCACAGGUGAAAAUGAUUUGUGCACAAUUCUACAUGCAAAAUGUAAUUCUUCUGCACAUGUUUAUUAACAUGACCAUAAAAAUUAUUUGCCAAUACCAUUCACGAGUCUGCUGAAACAGAAAUGCAAAGUGUGCAAACUAUGCAGAUAUUGUUCUACAGAUUCAUCUAUCAAAAAUUUCACAAACGUUUGAUUGUUAAAACUAACUAUGCUAUCUGGUCAUAGUCAGAUGGCUAUAACUCUGGAACACUUAUUUGUAUAUUUUUAUCUUAUCGCAGCAUCUGGGCCUCACUGUGUAAAAAUAGGCAAAUGCGGAGGUCAAAAUACUUUACAUAACAUAAGCUUGAUAAUUAAUUAAUUAAAACACAACCAGUUUACCUACAAACAAUGUAAACAUCUUAAAAUCACAGUGUAGUUUGCAAAUUUGUAGCCCCUCGUUAGUCUCUAAACCACAACGUAUGUACCGUAAUAAUUAGCUCCUAGUAGUUAUAGAUGUGUUUGAAUUACAAAUCAGAAGUCCAAUAGUGGUAUUUUGCAUUUUUUUUUUUUUUUUACAAUCCCAUUCCUGCAAGUAAACUGUUUGAGACUUGAUUCACACAUCCAAUCAGUUACUGCAUGAUUGUGGUUCUCGUAUAUUUCAGUCGAGAUGUUUGUUAACUGUAAUUAACUAUUUUUCUGUCAGUAUUACUUUGUUACAGUUUGUCAUCCAGGAAUCCAAUUUCAUUAAAAAAAAUCUAACAAAUUCUAUGUUUGCCUGUCACUUAAAAUACAAAACAUGUUCACUA